AUGGCUGCACUUGUGCCUGUUGAUGUUGAGAGUAUGAACUGUGAUGCAGAGUUGGCACUAGCACCAAACGGUCCUACUGAACCUGAUAUUCCUGAAUUUGUUCUUCAUCCUAGUGUUGGUAGAAUCCCUAAAACAGGUCACAGUGUUCUAAAAAGUUCAUUUGCACCUAAGGAUAUUGCUAUAGCUGUAGCAAAGUGGGGUGAGAGUCCAAAAAAACAGACCAGAGAGAUGGGCCUGGGUGGGUUGCUACAUGUAGAUCAUUUUACUCACUUUAGCAGGAACCAUUCUCUUUUCUGUCUGCAGUCUAUAGACACUAGGAGGAAAAGGCUUGUUCUAGGGAAAAAUAAAUUUGCUCAGAUCAGUGAGAGAUCGAUGUCUGCCAUAUUAGGUACAAGAGAAGGUGGUGGUGUAGAGAUUCAGAGAGUCAGAGAAGGUCCUACGACAAAAGAAAUUUUUAUGGUCAGAAAAAUGCUAGACCUUGAUCUAAACCAUCAAGAAGUGAAAACACCGGAUCUUUUGAAAGUUUUGUGUGAAGACCAUCCUGAGGAGUUCACCAAAACAAGGGCGAUAAGAUUGAAACUUGCCUUGGCAAUGUUAGUUCUGUCAGUUUUCUACAGCCCCAGAGACAAGAGAGGAUAUGUCCCAAAGGAUGCAUAUCUACUGGCAUAUGCUCCUGAAAAUUUGGACAAGUUAAACUGGACCAAAUACGGAGUUGCUGAGCUUCUUGAUGCUGCUGCUAGAGUUCAGCAGUAUGUCAAUGCAAACCCAGGACCUGGACUCACUAUCUUUGGUUGCCACUACUAUCUUCAGGUGUUGUAUUUCGAUUCUGUGGAUGCUGGAGAUCAGAAUGUCGAUCCUACUGUUUGGCCUAGGAUAUGUGUCUACAAUGCUCCAAAACUUUUUGCUCUUAUUGAGAGGGACACCAUGAAUUAUAUAUCAAUGAGGGUUUACGGCAUGCUGAGACCUGAUGUGAAGGAACAGGUGGCCAAUCUGAAGAGGCAGAAGCGAACGGCAAGCGGGUCACAACUUAGAACCGUUCUCAAUGAGCAGGCGGCUGUCAUUCUAACUCAUGUUGAUGAAGUAAUGUUAGCGCUUCCAGACAACAAUGUUGCAUCCAAAAAUGCGGGGAGGUGCAUGCCUGAACAAUUUGGGGAAUGUAGCGGUGGAUUUCAUGGCUCAAGAUUUGGUGACAUGCCAAAAACAAGACUCUCUGGGAUGGAAAGCUAGAGGAGAUUAAGAAUAUAGUUAAUCAAGCGGAGGUUUGGCUCCGAAACGCAAUUGCAAGUAUGGAGCUAAAUUGUAAGCUAGCUGAUGACAAGUUCUCAGAAGAAGUAAAGAGGCGAACAACCAUGUUUGAUGGUUCAAUAAACACAAUGGUUGCAAACCAUAGAGAAAUUCAGAAGACAACAAAACUUCUUACCUUGCAAUACUUACACAACCGCCUCAUUGAUCAUGGUGUUGGAAAGCACAUGCCAGGCUUAGAAAAACACCUCAACAUGAUAAAUGUCCUACUUUCAGGUGGCACUGUAGGUGGAGCGCAAGGGGCUAGUUCAAGUUCAGCGCCGUUGAUUCCAAGAGUGCUUGAUGGAUUACUUGGAACUAAAUCAUCAUUUGGUGGCCCUAACUGGAAUGGUGUCGAGCAUAAUAUUAGAGCACACCAUUAAAGCACACUGGUGCUCAAUCCAGUGCCUUUACGGUCAGCACCAGUUAACUUGAAUGGAGCACGAGUAGAACCAAUAGAAGUGCAAGUUUGCGGAUCAACUAUACGGCAAAGCAAUGGAAGUGCUUUCUCAAAUUAUGGAGGUAAGAUCAUAUGUUAAUAGUGUACUUAGAACCAAAUGGUAUAGACUAAUGAAGGGUUGUCUUAGUUGUUAGAUGGGCAUGAAAAUCCUAAGAGGGCGACACUGCAAGUCUAAGCGCUGUUGUGGCCCAGGAAAAGAGACCUCGAGAUGAUUCUGCGGAACAUGUUUAUGGGAAAGACAUUACUGGAGAUGAUGGUCAAAACAAUGUCUCUGUGGUGCGAAAAAAUGGAGGUAAA